AUGGUCCAGAAAACGCUAUUUCAGAGCUCUGAAGAAUGGAAAACGUCAACAAAAAUGGAGACGUUGGGAGCUUUGGAGCAAGAGUUGGCGAAGCUCCUCAACACUUCAUCUCCCGAAGAUCUAGAUAAAAAUCGAAAAGAGCUCUCAGGAUUCCGUAAUCUGUUCGCCCGAUUCCUUCGAGCUAAAACGCAUGUCGACUGGUCCAAAAUCGAGCCGUUACCGGAAGGAUCCAUCAGGACAUACAAGCAUUUGGAACAUCCGAAUAAUGGAGAAUUGAUUGCAUCCAUGCUGAACAAAUUGGUCGUAGUGAAACUAAAUGGAGGUCUCGGCACAUCAAUGGGUUGUAAAGGCCCGAAAUCAGUAAUUCCUGUUAGGAAUGAGCUGACAUUCCUCGAUUUAACGCUGCAACAAAUUCAGACUUUGAACAAAAAAUACAAUGUUGAUGUGCCAUUGGUUUUGAUGAACUCAUUCAAUACCGAAGAAGAUACCAAAAAAGUUUUGAAGAAAUACGCAAAUGUUAAGGUCUCCGUUCAUACUUUCUGUCAAUCGCAAUAUCCACGUAUCAACCGUGAAACUCUUAUGCCAAUAGCGAAAUCCCUCCAUGACUCCGAUCAGGAGUGCUGGUACCCACCUGGACACGGUAACUUCUAUGAAGCAUUCUACAAUUCCGGACUUAUCGACGAGUUCAUCGCGGACGGGAAAGAGUACUGCUUCCUGUCCAAUAUUGACAACAUGGGUGCAACAGUUGAUUUUGCCAUCCUGAACUUCCUUCUAUCUCCUCCUGCCGGUCAUGAGCAUCCGGAGUUCCUCAUGGAGGUAACUAACAAGACACGAGCAGACGUGAAAGGAGGUACCCUGAUCCAGUAUGAGAAUCGACUCAUGUUACUUGAGAUCGCCCAAGUUCCAAAGGAUUACGUGGACGAGUUCAAAUCCAUCAGUAAAUUCCGAAUCUUCAACACGAACAACUUAUGGGCAAAAUUAUCGGCCAUCAAACGAGUCGUGGAAAAUAAUGAACUGGAAAUGGAAGUGAUCGUUAAUCCCAAACAUCUCGAACGCGGUCUAGAUAUCAUUCAAUUGGAAACCGCAGCCGGUGCCGCUGUGAAAAACUUCCGUGGUGCAUGCGGUAUCAACGUACCACGAUCGCGUUUCCUACCAGUGAAGAAAUGCUCGGAUUUGUUAUUGCUCAUGUCGAAUCUCUACGAUAUAGAUCAUGGAAGUUUGACACUUUCUGAACACAGAUCAUUCCCAACAACACCAUUAGUGAAGUUGGGCUCGAGUUUUGACAAGGUGUCAGACUUCUUGAAACGUUUUCAAGGAAUCCCUGAUUUGCUUGAACUCGACCAUCUGACCGUUUCGGGAGAUGUUUGGUUUGGACGAGACGUAUCAUUGAAGGGGACCGUGAUCAUCAUUGCCAAUCACGGUGAUCGAAUCGAUAUUCCGCCUGGAUCGAUUUUGGAAAAUAAGAUUGUCUCUGGUAAUCUGCGUAUUCUGGAGCACUAA